ACAACCAGCACCAGAGAUUCUCGGCGAGAGAGAGAAGAGGGCGGCCAUGGCGAUGCCCACCUUUCAUAUCGCCGCUGACCUGCCGCCCGUCUCACGCCUCUGCUUUGGGACCAUGACGAUGGGGGAGCAGAGCGGGCCGCCGGAAUCACUCCGCCUCCUCGACGCCGCCUUCGACGCCGGCGUCAACUUCUUCGACUCCGCCGAGAUGUACCCAGUGCCGCAGCGCAGGGAGACGCACGGGCGCAGCGAGGAGCUCCUCGGCCGUUGGCUGCGGGCCCGGAGGGUCCCCCGCGACAGCGUGGUGCUCGCCACCAAGGUUGCUGGGCCUUCUGGUCAGAUGACGUGGAUCCGCGGAGGGCCGGCGGCUCUUGAUUCCCGGAACAUCACUCAGGCAAUCGAUAGCAGUUUGCGCAGGCUGGGUGUAGAUUACAUCGACCUUUACCAGAUACAUUGGCCUGACCGUUAUGUUCCGAUGUUUGGAGAGACAGAUUACGACCCAAACCGCCAGUACGCAUAUGUACCGAUGGAAGAACAGCUAGAGGCUCUUGGAAAAGGCAUAGAUGCUGGCAAGAUCAGGUACAUUGGCCUUAGCAAUGAAACACCAUAUGGAUUGAUGAAGUUCCUUGAACUGAGUAGGGAUUUUCAGCUGCGCUCCAAGAUACUAACAGUUCAAAACUCGUACAACCUGAUGUGUCGAAAUUUUGAUGCUGCAUUGGCAGAAUGCUGCCAUCAGGAGAGAAUCAAUUUGCUGGCCUACAGCCCAAUGGCAAUGGGUAUACUUUCAGGGAAGUAUCACUCACCCGAUGAUGAAGGUCCGCCAGAUGCACGAAUGAAUCUUUUCAAAGGGAGGUACUCUGAAGGUGAAUCCCGAUACAAUCUUCAAAAUCCCAAACUGGAAUCAGCAGUGAAGGAAUACAAAAGAAUUGCUGCGAAGUAUGACAUUUCUCCAGCAAUGCUAGCUAUUGCAUUUGUACUGAGACACCCCCUUGUUGGAUCAGCUAUUUUUGGUGCAACUAAAUUAUGGCAGCUUGAUGAAGUUCUCCGGUCAACAAAGAUUCAUCUUUGUGAGGAAAUUGUUGCAGAGAUCAAUGAUGUCCAUGCAAGAUUUCCCAAUCCUUGCCCAUAACUUUCUUAAAAUUGACCUUUAUUGUUUCCUAAUUGACAUGUGCAUAUGAUCAGUAGGGACUAGCAAUUUUUCAGCGCUGAGUUAGUCAUCUACUUGUCUGAGAGGUUCAUUCUAGCCUUCAUAAUCUUGCCAAGAAGUAUCAAAGCAAUCUGAAAUUAAAUUGUUUACCUGCAA